AGGCCGCAUGAAAAGGAGCAGAAAGAAAAUGGAGGAAUGGGGAGAAAGAGAAAUCUAAAUUCAAAAACCCUUUCCCCAUUAAAAAUAUUUUUACUGCACAGAAAUACUGAUGACGGAGAGACCGACCCUCGUGUUAUUGGGAUUAUAAACUCUCAAAGCAUCCCCCUUUCUCAAAUGGCUGGCUUGGCUACACCUUCUUCUCCUUCCUUCUUCUUCUUCUCCAUCCUUCUCUUCUACUUCUACGCACCCAGAAAGGCGAAGGAUAAGCUACUGCAAAACCCAGAUUUUAAAACAAACGUCGAGAAAAGUUGCGGGGGCUUCAUUCUUUGAUCUGGGUAACUGGUAUCUCCGCGUAAUUGAAAUCCAUAAAACUCACAUGGCGGAUUGAAAUGACUUAUCCGCUAGAUUCAUUUCAAUUUGCGCGUUACUGGUGCGUUGUGACCACAUAAUUUUCUCCUCCGUUUUGUCUUUCUUUCUGAGUAUAUGGUUACUGAUUGGUGAUGCUGGUGAUGAUCGAUCAUCGCAAUUUGCCUGUCUGGGUUUUGCUCUAUUCUGGCUUUUCUUUUGUGGGUUUUUGUUCCCGAUUCCGAUUGCUUUUUGAGUUUUACACAAACGAAGGAUUGCUUGAGUUGGAUGGUUGGUUGAUGGAGCUGUGAGGUGAAUAUGUGCCGUAGAAGGAACCUCUUUUUGAGCUUUGGAGAGAAUCCCUUUUUAAUGGUCCAUAGCAACCCGGUUUUGCUCUUUUUAAUUGGCUAUUUGGGUUCUAAAAUAUUGGAUGGUUGUCGAUAGUUUGCUUUGAGGUGUUCCUGCUUCUUCUCCUGUUUGAUCUAGCGUUUAAUAACCCAGUUUCUUUUUGAAUGGAGCUAUGGUUUGGAAACUCUUGCACAUUUAAUCCCCUAGCUAUGGAUUCAUUGUUCAGACAAAGUUGAAGCUGGAAAUUUGUGAUUAAGGCAUGCACAAUUUACUUUCUUGGUUACUAUUGUAGGUUCUGGCAGUUAGAAGGUUUUCCUCCCAUCUAAUUGAAUCGAAGUUUCCAUUUUGAAGUUCAAUGCUGUAUGGAAAUUGAUCAAGUAGCUUCUCAUUUGCUCUGUGAAAUUUGGAUUGAGUAAUUUCUCGUUUUUCGAUUUUGUUAGGAACCCACAUCUGCUGUGUUAUUCAACAUGAACCCUAGGUGCUUCGUUGCUUGCUGGUUCGGAGGUCAGAAAAUGUUUGCCACUCAUUACUGUUGGAUUGCAAGUAUGGCUUCGGCAGUUUGGUCUCCUUGUGGAUUUGAGGUUGAAAUGUGGAUGCCUUUCGUGGAUACAUAAUACCAGUUCCUUUGAAGGUCAGGAAACUAGGUUUUGAAAGCUUCAUUAGUGGUGCAGAGCAUAUUCUUCUUUGUUGAAGUUUAAGAGGUAGAAUUAGGCUCUAUCUAUUUCAUAUAGCUUUGCUAGUUGAAUGCUGAACUUCAUUAGGUGAUAGGGAGGUAGAGAUAAAGACAUAGAAACCAGUUCCCGAUUCUCAGGCAUGGGUUUGCCCCAAGCUUCCUCGGUUGACAGUACCAAUGCUGUUACAAGAGCAUUGCAUGGUUCUUUCCUUCAAAGAUCACCACGGUCUUCUAGUGUUGGCAGCUGUGAUUUGGAUGGACUUGAUUGUGACGGUAUACGCAGAAUAAUGGGUGGGGAUUCACUGACUCCUUCUUCUGGUAAUUUCCCUGUGAGAACCUCUUUGGAACGCUCGAACUUAAGGAAUUAUGCAUUUAGUUUUGAAGAAACAGAUGUUAGUUACAAUGUGCAAACCAAGUCCACUGAGCCGACAGUUGGUCUUAGGAAUGUCCAAAAGCCCGCUGCAAGGAUCGUGGGCUUUGAAUCUCGCGAAACAAGUUCUAGUUUCAAAGGCGCAGUUAAUGAAACAGAGUCAAGCAUGUCGAUUGUCAAGAAGCGGUUGCUGUCACCAUUGAGUGGCAUGCUAUCUGCAAAGCAAUUCAAUGGGGAUUCCCUGAACAUUGGUUCUCAUCCUUCUCAGAUGCACUACGAUAACAAGAAGGCAAAUGUUGGAAGCAAAGUCGACCUCACUUAUCCGUCUUUUUCAUUAGCUAGGUUCUUGGAGCAAAAGGAAGUGGUGUAUGAUAACAGUCCCAAAACAUCUUCUACUGAUGGAAGAUCACGACUUAGAGCAGUAUCAUUAUCCCCCAAGAAGUCAAAUUCUCCUCUCUCUUUGUCUCCUCUAGGUCCAAGAUUUCCAGAAAUAAUUAAAAGUCUAGGAGCAUGCAGGGAAUCAGUUCAUGGGCAUGACUCUUGCUUCAUCUAUGGUUCAGAAGAAAUAGACAUUUCUACAAGCAGAUCACUAGAAGAUGAUGAUCUACUUUGCAGAGAAUUUAACUCAUGUUCUCCUGAUGAUUUAAGCUGUUCUAUAAUCCAUGGAUCAGCUCCAUCUAAAAGCAUAAGGUUUGUGAGAAGUCUGAGCGGUCCUUCAGUCAGGCGGUCCUUGGUCGGUUCGUUCGAAGAGUCACUAUUAUCCGGACGGCUUUGCUCCGGAAAAUGCACUCAGAAAAUAGAUGGUUUCCUUGCUGUAUUAAGCAUCACUGGAGGGAACUUCUCACCACAGUCACAGAAGCUCCCAUUUUCAGUGACCAGUGUACAUGAAGAUUGUUAUUUAUUGUACUAUGCGUCAAUUAAUCUAGCUGGGAAUUCCUCUUCAAAUAAGCAACGAAACCUUGGCCUCAGAUGGAGUAGGGACGGGAAUAGUGGCGAUUCACAAAGUGUGAGGAGUCGUUUGCGUGUUCCAAUGAAAGGGAGAAUUCAACUGGUUCUCAGCAAUCCCGAAAGAACACCAUUGCACACCUUCCUUUGCAAUUAUGAUUUGAGCGAUAUGCCAGCUGGUACCAAGACCUUUCUGCGCCAGAAGAUCAGCUUAGCUUCAUCUGGGACAACUCUCGUUGAGUUGAAACUGGGGCAGCAACUGGAUUCAGAGAAGAAGGUCCAAGACAAGGCAGAAGGAAAACCGUCUUCUGUUGAUGAUCAGAGAAGUGAAGUUAAGAGCAAUGAGAAUAGUAGCCCCACCACCCAUGGAUGUGGUGCCCUACGCUAUGCUCUUCAUCUCAGAUUCCUCUGUCCUUACCCUAAGCGAUCUCCUAGCAAGUCGGUAGCAGCUGAAAAGGCAGCUUCAAGUCCUAAAUCGGAAGCCCACGUGGAUCGGAGGUUCUACUUGUACAAUGACAUGAGGGUGGUGUUUCCUCAGCGCCAUACAGAUGCUGACGAGGGGAAGUUGAAUGUGGAGUACCAUUUCCCAGAAGAUCCGAGAUAUUUCGAUGUUGCUAGCUGAAUCAAUGAACUUGAAUUGGGUUUCCUUCAAGGAGUGUACAUAAAUAUGGUUUGGGGGGUCAGCCGAUGAUGAUGUUUAAAUUGUUUAUGCAGUUAGUUGUUCUUAAGUCGUUUCCAGAUUGUAAUCUCUGGAAAAUGGCAUUAACCUUAAUUAAUUACAUGGGGCGACCUGUAAAUAUGGGGCAGCUUAAUAAUCUUAGUUCCAACAAUUCACAUUCUACCCUCUUGUUUGUGUGUGUGUGUGUGUUGUUAGCUGGUAAUACCCCAUUUUGUGGUUGGAGUAUCUGGUUCCUGGUUGUUUUGAAAGAGUUGGUUGAUCUUGGUGGAGUGUGCAUUGAAGGAAAAAGGGUGUCCUUAUCAAAUACUAUGCCAUUUAGGAUAACUGCAGUGGCAAGUGAUGAAUAUGGUUUUCCCCGUUUUGCAAGGAAGGAGGUGCAGGGCAGGCAGGAGACUUGGAAGCAUCGUACCCGCCAAAUUUCAAAUGUGAAAAUUUGGGCUUUAAAGGGGUUGGCAUUGGGCCGGCGAGCAGUGAUUUGGGUUUGAGUUUUAGCAUUAGCUUUGAUGGGCCUAUGUUCAUGUGGUUUCGUGGACCAGGCUGAUGUAUUAUUUACCGACAACAUGAAUAGAGGCCAAUGCAAUGGAAGUGAAUUGAGAAUGGAAGGAAACCAAACCCAUUAAUGUUGGGGUUUGGGAAGCAGUAGUGGAGUUGAUUGAUGUGAUGAAGUUGGAAAGCAGAUGGAAUGAAGUGGGGGAUGUACAGCUGCAUCACAGGUAAGGUAGCGCAACAAAAAUGUUUGGUAGAAGAAGGGAAGAAUAAUAUAAAGCUGACCUGACCAUUGAUGCAUAAGCAUAAGAGAAACUUGGUUGGAGUUGGAGGGAGUUUAGGGCUUUAGGCCUAGUCUAGAGUCUAGACACCCCUCCAUCCAUCUACUUGGAACACACAACAAAGCAAAGCAGGAACUAGGAGAGAGAGAGAGAGGGGUUUGGAAUCUGAUUAAUUGGUUCGGAAAAGGGGCAUUCUAACCUAGAACAGACCCAUUCCAGGAAACCCAACCACUUACACGCUAGCAAUGAUAUCCUACAUAUUAUUAUUAGUUGGUAUUAUUAAUCCGCCAGUUUUGCUUUAGGGGUAUGGGCAAAUACUGACGGGUCUAUCAUGACUAUUCUACACUCGCUUUCCCCGAUUACCCAAUCUGAAUCCUCUCUCUGACGAUUAGCUUGGCGGUUGUUCAAGUUGCAUGGACAGAUUAAUUUUUUUGUCUUGGUCUCCCGUUUCAUGAAUAGGGAUUGAGAGAUUUGUUAGUUUGACGACUUUUAUAUAUUCCCUCUGCCUCUGCAAUGCCAACAAUGUGAUUCAAGAUUGAAUAUAUGAUUGGGUAGUCAGUUUUAGUAUAUAGUCCUUGUGGCGUAUCCCCUUCCAUUGAUGGGUUCCCUUGAAUCGUAUUUGGACUUAGUGUACUAAUUGACCUCGGGCGUUGAGCUCCGGUGUAGAAAGAAGCUCGAUGGAGUUAUGAUCAUUUUCUUCAACAGUUAAUUAAUGAUUGGAGGAUGAAUAUAAAAUGUGAGUGAGUGAGUGAGUGAGUAAUUAAUCAAUGAAGAGAGUAGGC